AUGCCACCUCUAGACUUCGUCACGUCGAAAGCAUCCGCUCGUAGAGUCCAGGAUAGCAUGAAUACGGCAGUUGGAAACUGUUACUGGUUACCACAAGACGCAAGAUGGAGAACCCUUCUUGAGGCUCGAAACGCCUUCGUUCGAGAGUGCUUCCAGACCGAGGGACUGACGAUCCAGAAGUUCAAAGAUCUAGAAAAGCCUCAGAAGCGUUACCGAAUUGCACAGCUCGAGCGUGUCUUCGCAGCACAAUUCUUUCAGUAUACUCGUGAUGGCGGAUGCUGGGUCUUUAUCCACGGAAUGAGUGCCUGGCAUGUCCGGUCUGCUUUGCAUUCUAUGCAGUAUUACGACGCUAGCUCCGACUUACAACCAGCGUCUGUGAACUCGACUUUGCCAAACGAAGAAACCGCUCAAGAACAAAUCCUUACUUUAGAACAUCAACCAUAA